AAAUAUUUGUGGUUUUCACCGGAUACUUUCCUUUAGCCUUUUAGCGGGAGACCGCACCAUCGAUGGCGGCGGCUGCGGCUGCGGCGGCGGCUGGUGGCGGCGCGCGGCGCGCCCUAGCGGCACUGCGCUCGGGUUCCCCGUCGACCUUCUCCGCGACGCUCUCCCGCCAGGCGGCGUCUCGGUCUCCGGAGCUGGCCGCCGCGUCUCUCCCCCGCGCCUCUCGCCGUCGCCUCGCGAUCUCGAGGGUGCCGGUUGCGGCGCUCGGCUGCGUGCAGGGUUCGCUGAUGCCGAUGCACAGCGCCACGGCGUCGGCGCUGCUCACCUCCAUGCUCGGGCUUAAGCCUGGCUCUUGGGGCUGGCUCUCCGAAGGAUUUGCUACGCCUCUAUAACAAGAAGGUGCUACAAUCACAGGAGACUGUUUUUUAGCCUUUCUGCUACAAGAUUCCAAUAACCUAGCUGCAUGCCUUUUGGAAUUCACCCUUUGGACUUCUGCUGAUGUGAUCUAAACUAAAAUUCGCUGCCUAAAACUUAUGGUCCAUGAGCUAGCUAUCCCAUUUUCCAUUAUAUCAAGUUAUCAACUGAAUUAUCUAUUUUUCUUGUUUUGAGUGGCACGGAUUAUAGUGUGACAUCCUGACAUCAAUCAGAAGUGCAAAGUUGUCUUGCAGCAUGACCAUACAAGUUCUGCAUCUCUCGCUUGAAUCUGUAAGCUUCCUUACUGCUUCGUGGUGAGAAUGAUAUUUACCUGUCCGUACGCAAAA